UGCUUCAAGAUUUUUCAUCAAUCAAUCAUAAUCUUGUAUUGCCCGGAAAACAUGGUGGGAAAAUAGCAAUAAUCAAUGCCAAUCAAAUUGAUUUAAACCUUCGGGAAGGAUUCGUGAGUAAAUUAUUCGGGAGAUAUAUCAUUUUUCAUUUUAGAACUUGUGUAACCAAAGUCUUAAAAAUAUAAAAAUUGAUAUUUGUUUCAAUGUAAAUUUUUCUUCUUUUUAUUAGUGAAGUUUUUUUUUUUUUGUGUGUAACAAAUGGGGUUGCAGAUUAGGAAAAUUGUUUUCCUUGAUUUUAGAAAUACGAUUAUGUCUCCUAUUUUAUGUGGUGGAGAACAAAUUGAAUGGAAAUACAACAACAGACUUUGACAGGCAUGGUCGCAUGGCGUGGAAAACAAAAUAAUACCAUGAUUUUUAUUUCAUUUCAUCCAAAUAUUUGAUUAAAUGAUUGGUUUGAGUCUGAUGCAUGGUGUCUGUGUCGUGGGCGUGGGUCUCCCAUCAUCCCUCGGGCAACCUAAACUUGCAAGGGUGAGAAUCCAAUGCUCCACCAAGGUUUCUAGCAGCAGACAACAAUUGCUUGAAAGUGUAGACAAGGAGCUAACUAAAGGGGAUGAUAGAGCUGCUCUUGCACUUGUUAAGGAUUUACAAGGCAAACCCAACGGGCUUCAGUGUUUCGGUGCGGCUAGACAGGUUCCUCAAAGGCUUUAUACAUUGGAUGAAUUGAAGCUAAAUGGAAUAGAAGCUAUGUCUCUUCUAUCACCUGUGGAUACAACUCUUGGUUCAAUUGAGAGAAAUUUGUUGAUUGCUGCUAUUGUUGGAGGGUUUGCUGCUUGGAAUGUCUUUGGAAUUUCCCAACAACAAAUCUUUUAUAUAUCUUUGGGAUUGCUGUUUCUGUGGACUCUGGAUUUGGUCUCUUUUGGUGGAGGUCUUGGUAGCUUGGUUGUUGAUACAAUCGGUCACAAAUUCAGUCAGAAAUACCACAACAGGGUUAUUCAACAUGAAGCUGGCCAUUUUUUAAUUGCUUAUCUGGUUGGAAUACUUCCUAAAGGAUAUACACUUUCUAGUUUGGAUGGUAUGAUGAAGGAGGGUUCUCUCAAUAUUCAAGCAGGCACAGCCUUUGUGGAUUUUGAGUUUCUCGAAGAAGUUAACUCGGGGAAAGUAUCAGCUACAACAUUGAACAAAUUUUCAUGUAUAGCCUUGGCCGGGGUAUGCACCGAGUAUCUUAUAUAUGGAUUUUCUGAAGGAGGUUUGGAUGACAUAAGAAAGUUAGAUUCUUUGCUCAACGGACUGGGCUUCACACAGAAGAAGGCGGAUUCUCAAGUUAGAUGGUCUGUGCUAAACACAGUCUUACUCCUGCGUCGGCAUGAAGCAGCUCGGUCUAAGCUUGCCGAGGCCAUGUCUAUGGGAAGUUCUGUAGGAUCCUGCAUUGAUAUUAUAGAGAAUUCUAUCAAUGUUUCAGAUCUAUAACGGAAGUUGGAUAUACUGUACAUGUUCCUGCAUCCUGGCACAUUGGUUCAAGUUUCGGAAAAAAUUCCAUUCGGUGUUACCCUGGUCAAAUCUUUAUGCAAGCAGAUUGUGAAUGGCUUUUGUUACACUUGAACGGGUUAGCGAUCUCCGAGACUGCGUGUGUGAAGGAUCCUUUAUGAAGAGAAAAAGGACAAGUGAUGUAACCCUGCAAAGUAGGUUUAAUUUUUAAGGAUAAAGUAAACUUGUAUACAUAACAUAGUUGAGGUAUGCUUAAGUAACUCAUUUGAACAUAUUUGUAUGGCUAUGCACCAGAAAGAGGUUGACCAUUCUCUGAACUUGUAUAUACAGUUCAUGACUCUACACAGGAUAAUUCAAGUCUUUGACCAUGUA